AUGCCACGCGACGGCACCGGCGCCUCCGACAACGCUGUCGAGCCCACGAAUAACAUCGUCCACGGUGCUAGCGGCGACACGUCGCUCAACCGCGCCUCGAAAGUCGCACCCCUCCCCGAAGCCGAGAAAGGCGGGGCGCUGGAAGGCCUGAACGCGAGCGGGGGUGGCAGCGUGGGGAAGGCGCAGGGGAAGGGGAAUGAUUCGAAUAAGGAGCCGCUAGUGGAUCAGGUGACGAAGUAG